AUGAACAGCACACAGCAGCCAACACCCCUGAAUAUCCUGGUCAACCAGAGCGCAGACCUUCCGGAGACCCCUCAAUCCGCCAAGCAGCUUCGGAUCGUGUCAUCCUGGGGCGCUAAGGCCGUCAACAACCCCGAAGAAGACCCCUGGUGGCUACCCGAGAUCUGGGGUGCCGUACAGGACCUUACGGACGACCUGGUCAAGUAUCUCAGCAAGUCUGAGCUUGUUAGCACCUUCCACGGCCACAAGGUCCACGUCUCUCGAAACGAAAACGAUAUAGGCACCUGGGACGAGAGCCUCACCGUCAUCAUCGUGACGCCGGGUGGAACAAGCGCCCGCAUCAUGACUGGAGACGUGUACCAGCAAGGCGUAAGUCUGGCGGGCCUCCGCAUGAUUGAUCGCGCUCGGUACCAGCACAUCUCCAAAAAGGAGAAGGAGCACAUGGAGAAGGCGGGACUCGCCUGCAUCUUUUACCCUUGUAGAGUCGCGAGCUGUCCGCUCCUUCACAAGCGGGAUCAGCACCAGCCCUGGCCUUCGAACGGCGAGAGCCUGCUUGCUGGGUUGGAAAGAGGAUAUUGGAUGCGCAAGAACUGGAAAUCGCGGGCCAGCAUUCCUGCCUCUGUGACGCCGACUCCAAGUCCU